CAGUCCGACCCCGACCAUCACUGCUCCUCCCGUCUGUCACAUGUAGCAUAAUGCAUGUAAUUAGCUAAUGUUUGGAAGUGUUAGGGCUUGAGGCACAGCAAGCAAACAGUCUACGGAUGUUUAUUAGCUUAGCAUUUCAUUAGCAGUAACUCCAGGACCACGCCAGACUUUGGAUGGAGUCAGCACCCAGCUUUUCAUUGUUUUAUGUAGUCACAAGAAGGGACCUAAGGGUUCGGGAUUCAGGGCAUCCAGCACAUCAGCAAGAGAAAAAUGGUCAAAUAUUUCUGUAAUAACACAGACAUUAAAAGUGCAUGGGACCAUGUUGUCACUGCUUUCUGGCAGAGGUAUCCAAACCCAUUCAGCACCCACGUUCUCACGGAGGACGUUGUGUAUCGGGAGGUAACUGCAGACAAUCGGCUCUUCUCCAGGCGCCUCCUUAUGAAGACCAACCGGUUGCCUCGCUGGGCGGAGCGAUUCUUCCCUGGAGGCAUGUCUCGCUCUGUGUACAUCAUCGAGGACUCCAUCGUAGACCCUGUCAACAGGAGCCUAACCACCUACACCUGGAACCUCAACCACACAACACUCAUGUCGGUUGAAGAGCGUUGUGUUUUCAAGGACUCAGUGGAGCAGCCAGCAACCACACAACUGAAACGGGAGGCGUGGAUAUCCUCAAGCAUUUAUGGCUUCUCCAAACCUAUUCAGGAGUUUGGUUUGGCUCGCUUCAAGAGCAACCAGGUGAAGGCCAUGAAGGGGCUGGAAUAUGCGCUGUCCAACCUACAGGGAGAGACGCCCCAGCGGCUGCUCAGGGACACAGUGAAGGAUGCAUCAGAGAAGGCCAAGGAGGCAGCAAAGACUCUGGCUUCAGCUGCUGCUGUCCCACAGAAACCUCAGCAGUACGUCUGACAGGACUGACUGAAGUACUGCACAGGUGACAGGAAGUCAGCACAAUGCCUUUUGAUCGUCUCGAUCAUCUUGCUGGGAUCUCCCUGUUUACUGCAAUCUGUAUUUUUCUGAAGUGCAAACCAGCCUCUGUGGAAUUACCUCUACUGUUGGACUUCUUCUUUGCUGUCUGUUUUCUUCAUUUCAUUAAAUCUCAGGUCUCGAGCCUUCGUAUGAAACCUCCUGCCUUUCAGACCUGCAGUGUCUGGGCCACUUAUUUAUAUAUUAUAAAUCUACUGUGGAAUAAUGAUAUUUUUCUGAUCACUAUAUAAGCUUUUGUUUUUUGUGCAUUUCCUGCAUAAUGAUAAAAUGAGUGGGGUUGUUACAGGUUUAUUACAAUAAUCAAAUGUGUUUUGUGCUGAAGUUAAAGCUCACAUUGUGACUGUUCAGUUUUAAUUUCAAUUAAAGGAAGAAUUUAGGAGGAUAUAAUGAAAUGUUUUAUUGUGCUUGUGGGGAAUAAUUAAAGCAAAAACUUCCCUCUUUUUAUGAUUUUCUUCUCUGAGACUGUAAUAAACUUCCAGCUCUGAAGCACAUCUGUAUGUGUUACGAGUGUCAGCGCACAAUGUUUCCUGUAAUAUUGCAUAUACAAACAUAAUUAGAAAGCUACUGCCAGAAAGCCUGUACUGACUCAUUUCUAAUCACAACAUACCAAAGUGACUUAUAUCAAAAAAGUCAGAAUGAGCAAAGUUCUCACUAUUCUGUGCUCAGAUUUAAUGUGAAUAGCCUUUAUGAGUGUUACUUAGCUGCUUAGGUGAGAAUAGAUCGUUUAAAUCUACCUGUUUAUAUCAAGAUUAUUUAGUGUUAAAGAUGAUAAUGUAAACAUUUCAAUAAUUGCAUUCCCUUUAAGAUGGAUUUAGUGGGGUUUUUUGUUUGUUUUGCAAUUCUUGAAUGAUAAUAGAUAAUUAAUAAGAUGUAUUUUUAUGAAUUGUUUAGAAUUAGAAUUUUGUGAUGCUGGACUCGUGCAGAUUUACUUUAACCACGUAGUGAGAUGUCCAAAAAUAAGUAAAUUGUUUAGACUUUGAGUUGAAAAUGUUUUACAACCCAAACAUUUUGUUUAUUUUGUUUGUCAUUGUGUUUAAUGUUUUGUCAGACGGAGCUUUAAUAAAAACUUAAGUUAUUGA